AUUUUCCCUAUCGCCACCAAAUUUCAUCAGCAUGAACAGAGGACCUAUUGUAUUAACCAUUGAUGAGGCAGAGUGUCUAUUGGACCAGCUACCUCCUCCUAGCAAGGACGACGAUGCCUUGGUAACAAAGCUUAGAGAAAAGCUGAGUAUGCUACUUUCUGAGCUCCGUAAAGGCGCGGAAGGCUCGCAGUAAUCGUAUGUCAAACUUCCUCCACUUGCGCCAACAAGGUUGGGAUCAUAGUUUAGCACAUUUUACUUCAUGUUCAUAACUCCAUUCAUAUCAUGCAAAUCAUCUCAUGUAAACGCGCCAGUCAUAAUAACCAAUAAAUGGUACGCAUGGAUAUAUACACAGUUGCUUUAUUACGUAAUGGUG